AUGCGACCUCUUGGGUUGGCGGCGUUUGACAAUGAACGGAGCCGUAAAAAGCAGUAUCAAUUAGUGGGCGACGCUUUGCUAGCCGGCAAUAUUGAGCAGAUGAACAGCCAGCUCGCAAAGUUCAAGCAAUUACUAGCCAACUUUGCUCUAGAACACGGUCGUCAAAUCCGUAGUGAGCCAUCAUUUAGAAACGAGUUUGCCAGAAUGUGCGCCGUAUUGGGCGUCGAUCCACUCAAUUACUCGACAAAAAACGACGGCGGGUCGGUUUGGUCUACUGUAUUUGCCAAGGACAUCAACGAUUUCUACUUUGGGCUGGCGGUGAGAAUUAUAGAAAAAUGCCGCGAAACCAGAGGCUCGAACGGUGGCAUCAUUGCAUUGGAUAAACUACUUUCCGAUUUGAACAAAGGUGCCGAGAACCCUAUUUCGCAGGACGAUAUAGUUCGAGCUGUCGAGUCCUUGAAGCCGUUUGGGCCCGGACUGCACAUUGAAAACCUCCACAAUGGCUCCACAGUACUUGUGAAUGUUCCCAAAGAGCUCAAUCGUGAUCAAACCAAUGUAUUGAGUGCAUGUGAAGCCUUAGGAUACGUGACCACGCCUAUUUUAGCCGAUAAUAUGGGCUGGGAUGCCGGCAGAGGACAGUAUGUUUUGGACGAAAUGGUCGCCUCUGGGCUGCUAUGGAUCGAUAAACAGGUCCAGCCAACCCAAUACUGGUCGCCUGCGGCCGUAAUGUGA